GCUCUCGUUGGAGAUGUGUUGUGUGUGUCGGUAGUGUUCUGGUUGUACGGUAUCUGUAGUGUGGUGUUGUGUCCAUGCGUGGAUUAACAUGCUCUGCCGACGGAAGCAUCAUGCGUCCAUGCUCCUGCUGCCGCUUCUCUACUUCCUACAGAGCGUUGACGCAUCGGGAUUUUUUGAACUGCAGAUCCUGGAGAUAGCGAACUACCGGGGCGAGUUGUCGAGCGGCCAGUGUUGCGGAGGUGUGCCGCGAGCGGACUCCACCGUGCCUUGUCCUCUGGUGCAGUGUAACACGUUCUUCCGCGUCUGUCUCAAGGAGUACCAGAGCAACGUGACAUCCACGGGCUCAUGCAGCUUCGGCAACACCAGCAGCCCCGUGCUGGGCGGCAACUCCUUCACUCUGACAGACCCUGACCGCGCCAACGGCAAACUGGUGCUGCCCUUCACCUUCCGCUGGACUAGAUCGUUCACGCUUAUUCUUCAAGCAUUAGACCACAACAACUAUACGGUGCCUGAACGUAACGAACCUAUAGAGGAGGCGUCGUACAGCGGGAUCAUCCUACCCAGCGCCGAGUGGCACACCCUGAACCACGUGGGGUCCACAGCCAGGAUCACCUACAGGGUGCGAGUGCAGUGCGAUCUCAACUACUUCAACUCAACCUGCACCAAGUUCUGCAGACCCAGAGACGACAAGUUCGGCCACUACAACUGCGACCGCAACGGCGACAAGGAGUGCAUCGUCGGCUGGAAAGGCGCCAACUGCGAGAUCGCGGUGUGCAAGAGUGGUUGCCACCCUCAACAUGGCAAGUGCGACAAUCCUGGAGAGUGCGAAUGUCGGCCCGGUUGGCAGGGUGAGUUCUGUGACCAGUGCACCCCCUACCCUGGCUGCAAACACGGCUACUGCAACGGCUCCUCCUGGCAAUGUAUCUGUGACACCAACUGGGGAGGCAUCCUCUGCGACCAAGAUUUGAACUACUGCGGGACUCACGAGCCGUGCAAGAACGGAGGCACAUGCAAGAACACCGCGCCGGACCAGUACAAGUGUGCGUGCCCUGAGGGGUUCUCCGGCCUCAACUGCGAGGUGGUGGACAACCCUUGUGUGACCGGACCUUGCGCCAACGGUGGAGUCUGCCAGGAGACCGGCAGUACCUUCUACUGUGCCUGCUCCUCUGGCUGGGCCGGGCCUACCUGUCGCACCAACGUGGACGAGUGCGCGUCCGCCCCCUGCCAGAACAGUGGAACCUGCGUGGACCUUGUGGACGGCUACCGCUGCGUCUGUCCGCCGAACUGGCACGGGACCGCCUGCCAAUACGACGUCGACGAGUGUGAGGCAGAGCCAUGUAUCAACGCAUACUCGUGCCAAAACACGGUGGGUGACUAUCGCUGCAAGUGCCAGAAGGGAUGGUCAGGCAAGGACUGUGACAUCAACAUCAACGAUUGUGUGGGUCAAUGUCAACACGGGGCUACAUGCAUAGAUCUGGUCAACGACUACCACUGCGCCUGCCAGCCGGGAUACACAGGCCGAGAUUGUCACACAGACAUAGAUGACUGUGUCAGCAGCCCUUGUCUCAACGGUGGAGAAUGUGUAGACCAAGUCAACGGUUUCCGCUGCAUCUGUCCUGUGGGGUUCGCUGGAGACUUAUGCGAGGUGGACCAUGACCAUUGCAACCCUAACCCUUGUGAGAACGGAGCCAACUGCUUCAACACGCAGCAGGACUACUACUGCCAUUGCCCGGAGGACUGGCAAGGCAAGAACUGCAGCACUCCUCGCACUCAGUGUCCCAACCCUCCCUGCCAAGUUAUUGAUAGCUGUGUGAUGGGUACUGCCAGUCCAAAUGCCAACAACUCUCUUGUGUUGAUCCCUUCUGGAGUUUGUGGAGAGCAUGGUCGCUGUGUUAGUCUACCCGGGGGGAACUUCCGCUGCUCCUGUGAUCCUGGAUACACUGGAAAAUACUGCCACGAGAAUAUUAAUGACUGCAAGCUGAACUCUUGUCAGAAUGGAGGAACAUGUGUAGACAAGAUCAACUCAUACCAGUGUAUCUGUGCUGGAGGCUGGGAAGGCGAGGACUGCACAAUCAAUAAAAAUGAGUGUGAACCCAACCCAUGUCGGAAUAACGGCACAUGCAUCGAUGGAGAUGCAGACUUCAGUUGCGAGUGUCACGGUGGAUGGAAGGGCAAAACGUGUGGUCUGCGGCACAGCCACUGUGAUCGUGGCACUUGUCACAACGGUGGCACCUGCCAGGACCUCGGCCACUCCUACCUGUGUAGAUGUCCUCUCGACUGGGAAGGCACCACCUGCCACAUACCGAAAAUGCAGUCGUGUAAGUCCAGCCCCUGUUUGAACGGCGCUACAUGCAUCAACACCGGAGACAUGGGUUACUCGUGUGUCUGCAAAGAAGGCUUCGAGGGUCAGCGAUGUCAGCGAGACGUCAAUGAUUGCAACCCCUCACCUUGCUACAACGGAGGCAAAUGUGUGGAUGGUAUCAACUGGUUCAGAUGUGACUGUGCACCUGGCUUUGCUGGUCCGGACUGUCGCAUCAAUGUCAACGAGUGUGCCACCAACCCCUGUGGUACUGGAGCCACCUGUAUUGACGGGAUUGCAUCUUACACCUGUGUCUGCCCUCCUGGGAGAAAAGGGCCCCGUUGUCAGGAAGUGGAUGAAGUGUCACUUCUGCGAGGGGUUUGCUUGUGGAAAGGACAAUACUUUGCCAACAACACCAACUGGCCGGAUGACUGCAACACGUGUUCCUGUGUGGAAGGCAUGGUCCGCUGUACUCGGGUCUGGUGUGGUCUCAAGAACUGCCUUGGCUUUCCAGGAGCAAGCUGUGGAGAUAACCAGGUGUGUGUGCCAGCGCCCAAAGAGGCAUGUCUGACUGGAGGCUGUGGGCCGUGGGGCGACUGUCGGGAGUUGCUCAGUGGUAAGCUGGUAGGUCCGCCCCUGGUUCCUGCACCUCCGUCCUGCUGGCCCAACCAAGCCUCACUGAGCAACACGUGUGUGCGGCUCAGUCUGCUGCUAGAGCGAGGGCGACUACCACUGGGCGUCAGUACCGAGGGCUUGUGUGGUGAGUUGCGCAGUCUGUUGGCCGCACACCAAGCCACCAGCGGGGCACACGACAGCCUCGUCCUGCUCUGCGACCUCAAGACUGGGGUCAACGACACUCUAGAAGUCACUAUGUCAGAGACGGGUGAUGGCCAGGCUGUCAAGGAAGGCAUCAGAGUUCUGGGUGAGCUGAUCAGCCGCAAGCAGACCAACAGUCUCUCGGCACUCACAUCCGUAGUCGAGGUCAAAGUUGAGACUGCUCUAGUCAGUGAUAGGGCAGACGGUGGAGGCAGCUACUGGCUGGGAGUGUUGUGUGUGAUCCUUCUGACAGCUGCUUUGUCACUGCUGACUGCCAUGUUGUAUUGCCAUCGCAGUCGAGGUCAGGGCCUCAGUCCGUCCGGGGCAGACUCUUGUCGCCAUCAUGACGACGAGAAGUCCAACAACCUCCAGAAUGAAGAGAACCUCCGCAGGUACGCCAACCCUCUGAAGGAAGAGUCGGCGUCACAGGGCAGCAGCCUGGGUGGCAGCCUAUGUGACCUGCCUCGAGUGAGUGUGGUGCGACCUCUGAGCUCGGCCUCCAGCGCAGAGAUGUUGGAGAUGGAGGGAGGCAAGGGUUGUCCUUCCUCUAGCCAAGUGUUGCUGCUCAAGACACAGAACACUGACACCAAGAACAACACUGUCAGUGACACCUCCCCACAGAAGAAAGACUUUACUUGCAAAAGGAUAAAUUUGAAAGUGCUACCUCCAGUUCAAAGGACGUUGCCAACAAACAGUGAUCAACCAGGAGACAUCCUAACAGUCCUGGUUUAGCCGGUCAAAGCUAUCUCACUGCCCUUGUGUUUAGUUGAAAUUGUAUAGUUUAUGUAAAUUGCCAUACAUUUUUUAGUUUUAUGUUUUUUAUACAUCUUGGAUUGUAACUAGUUAUUUUAACUUUGCAACACGUUAAGGGUUUACAAUAACAAUUUUUAGCUACAGGAACAAAAGUAAAUGCAGAUUUCUUCAUUUGAAUAAAUGUUUUGAAUAAGACAUCUCUAUGUUCCUUAGACAGAAAUGUAUAUUUUUAUUUACAAAAUAUAGAUAGAUUUACAAACUAAUUGUUUUUCUCUAAGACUCUUUAAGUAGCUUUAAUAUAAUUUCAGUGCAAUGAACAACUACGUUUUAAGUAUUGUUAAUGAGGGAAAUCACCCUUUAACAGCUGAUGUUGUAGCCAAUGUGGCAGAUCUCUAAGACAUGUCAGUUUUUAGUGCUAUGGAAAUGCCACUUUAAAGCCUUAGGUUAAGCAUUGUGAUAUUGAUAAUUUAUUUAUGUGUACAGAUAGGUGUUAUGUAAAACAGGUAUUUUUCUAAGAUGAAACUAUAACAGAUGAGAUCUUUUAUUGUAGAUUUCUCAAGAAAGAGACACAUUUUUUAUUUGUAGAAUGUAUGAAAGAAUUAUAACAUUAGGUUGUACCAUAUAAUAAAUUAUUUCAUCAUACUGUAACCGUUCAUCUUGAAGAAAACAUUUUUAACAAACUCAUACAACAAACUCCAUACCAAAAGUACUGCACCCCAAAUCAUUUUAACAAUAAGAAAACAUACUAAAUAUUAUUUACUUUAGAGUGAACUCUUAAUUGUAUGGACUAAAAUGUUAGUGUGUUUGAAAAAAAUUAGAAGUGUUAUGAUAAAUCCUCUGUUGAUCACUCCUAAAUGUAUUCGACUAAGCUACAGCCACAUGGAGUAAUAUCAAUUAUGCUUUGUACAAGUUUUUAUUUUUCGAUAUCAUUAUUUGCUCCCAUUUAUUUAUCAUCUUCAUGAAUCAGUUGCAGACAAUUUUAAGGUAUAUUUACGUUCAGUAAAUGCUUGAGUGAGUUAAUGUCAUAUACUUAUUUCUCAUAUUUUUUUCUAUCUAUCUUCAAAAUUAUUAUAACCGAAUAGAAGUCCGUUCAUGAACUACAGCAUCUCCUCUGAUAUCAUACUACUAUUAUUAUGUAAUCUAGUAAAAACUUCAGAAGAAGAGUUUAAAUCAACGCACUGAAGCGUUGUCAAAACAUGAACCAGAUUAUUAUUAUGUUUCCUAAAGAUAUGUUUCCAUUUUGUACAAAUACAAGUCUCAAGUGCUGGGAUAUGUGCCUGGGACAGAUCCCACAGUUGUGAUACAUAGAGUACUUUUGUAUGAUUAUGCAAACUGUCGGCACUUCGUCCCGGACCACAAAAUGUCCCAGGCACAAAUCCCACAAGAUAUUUGUUUCAAUGAAAACAUACCUUUAUUCUGUAAAAUUGCAAAACACAGCUCUAAAUUGAAAUAAUUAACUAGAACACAUUGCAGUUAACCUACAAUUUCUUAUUUAUUAAUACCAAUCAAUGGUAGUUUGAUUUUAGUAGUAGAUGAUGGUAGUAAUUUUAAUGG